AUGGAUUUGGUCUUGGAAGUCGCUGACCAUUAUGUCUUAGACGACUUUUACGCCAAAGUUCUGCCUACUUCGUUGGCUGCUAAUAUUCCUGUAAAAUGGCAAAAUUGGUUAGGUUUUAACAGCGGGUUUAGCAAUGCUACUAUUUUGCAGGAGACAUUGAACUCCAAGAAUGCCAUCAAAGAAUGUAGAAAGUUCUACGGCCAGGUACCAUUCCUCUUCGACAUGACCACAAAAACUUUUUCAUCGCUUUUGCCCCGUUCGAGCAUUCUAAGAGAGUUUCUUUCACUGUGGGUUAUUGUCACUAUUUUUGGGUUACUGCUUUACUUAUUCACUGCUAGUAUCAGUUACAUCUUUGUAUUUGAUAAGUCUAUUUUCAACCAUCCUCGUUAUUUGAAAAACCAAAUGGCAAUGGAAAUCAAGUUAGCCGUCAGUGCUAUCCCAUGGAUGUCGAUGUUGACUGCUCCAUGGUUUGUCAUGGAAAUGAAUGGCCACUCUAAGCUUUACAUGAACAUCGACUAUGAAAAUCAUGGUGUAAGGAAGCUCAUCAUUGAAUACUUUACAUUCAUCUUCUUCACAGAUUGUGGUGUCUACUUAGCCCACAGAUGGUUGCAUUGGCCAAGAGUUUACCGUGCUCUGCACAAGCCUCAUCAUAAGUGGUUGGUGUGCACACCUUUCGCUUCCCAUUCCUUCCAUCCUGUAGACGGUUUCUUACAAUCCAUCUCCUACCACAUUUACCCAUUGAUCUUACCAUUACACAAGGUUUCUUAUUUGAUUCUUUUCACUUUUGUUAACUUCUGGACUGUCAUGAUCCAUGAUGGCCAAUACCUAUCAAACAACCCAGCAGUGAAUGGUACCGCAUGCCACACUGUUCAUCAUCUAUACUUUAACUAUAACUACGGUCAGUUCACUACUCUAUGGGACAGACUGGGCGGUUCAUACCGUAGACCUGAUGACUCAUUGUUUGAUCCUAAAUUAAGAGACGCCAAGGAGACCUGGGAUGCUCAAGUUAAGGAAGUGGAACACUUCAUCAAGGAGGUCGAAGGUGAUGAUAAUGAUAGAGUUUACGAAAACGAUCCAAAUACCAAGAAGAACAAUUAA